AAAGUUUCCAGUCGGACAUUUUUUGGUGUAACACUCUAAGGAAGCAGCGCUUAAAGCGCCAGUUGUGGAUUCAUCCUCAGUCGUCUAUUAAAGUUAUUUGUUCCUUUAGCGGAAAAUCUACUGUUCUCUAAAAAAAUGUGUUCCGUUCAAUAUUUCCGAGAGUUAAUCAGUGAUCGACUCACGGCCGCAGCGCAGGAUAUUUUCGCGGAGUUUGAGAAGACCAUCAUCCAGUAUGAAGAGGCAAUGGAGCGACAACGCAGACUGCUGACCGCGCUGAGGAGGAAACCCGCAACCAAAGCUGCACCGCAACUGUACCCAGCAGCUUCUCCUCCCGAGAGCAACCGUAAACCGAGGAGGAGUCCUGGUCCGAAGCAGAAGACGCCGACACCAGAACUCAAGGAGAUUAAAAAGGAAGAGGAGGAACUCUGCUGCAGUCAGGAGGUCGAGCUACUGCUCCAGCACCAGGAGACAAACACAGAGAUCAGUCAUGAGUCUAAAGACAAUUCUCAAGCCAGUGAUGAGAUGGAGCAUCUGCUCAGACUCCGCAUCCCUAAAAUCCAUCUGCACAGAAUAGAUCUUAAACAACACUCUGUCCAAAGGACGGAGGAGGCUGCAGACUCUCCCCCCUCUCAGCAGAGCCGCUGCAGUGUGGACCAGAGCCCACCUGAACCUCUGAGCUUUUCAGAGGGGCUGCUGAGUCUUCAGCUGGUUCUGAAGCAGGAACCUGAGGACAGUGAUGGCUACGAACCGAAGCCGCAGAUGGACCGCGUCUGGUCCGAUUCCCACAGCGAGACUACGGGACAAAAACCAGAGUCAAGAGACCCGGAAGACGCAACAUCAGCUGGGGACUUUGAGCUGAGAAAGGAAAGGAGGAGUGUCGCUGACAGCUGUGCUCCUCUAGAGCAUACCACUGAGAUGGACAAGAAGCUCCUGACGUGUGACCUCUGUGACAAAACCUUCAAGUUCAAAUCUCUAAAGAAGAAACAUGACCGAGUCCACAAAGGGGGGAUGAGGCAUUUCUGCAGGAUGUGUGGCAAAGGUUUCACACAGAGUGGGGACUCGCUGGCCCACAGCCGGACUCACGUCCACAGGAGGAAGCACCCCUUCAGAGAGCAGAGGAGCUCCAUCCGGAGCGGCAGUCUGCGGGCUCGCAUCCGAAACCAUAACCUGUGGAGAAGGUUUUCCUGCAAGCUGUGUGGCAAGAGCUUCAUUCAGAGCGGGAGCUUGUUGGUUCACAUGAGGGUCCACACAGGCGAGAAGCCUUUUUCCUAAACUCUCCGGUUCUGGUCUCACUUCAGAACCAGACCAGUGUGGAGGAAGCUUCAUGUUCUACCGUGAAUUUAAAAAAUAACCGACCUUGUAGCUUCAACCUGAGGUUAAAUAUUUCUCACGGAGAAGAGAGGUUUUAGAUCCUGAGUUUUACUGAAACGUACAGGAAGACUCAAGUGAGAUGAUGAAGAAAAAGUGUGUGGAAAGUGUAAGGAAACAUCCUCCUCCUGUGUUUUUACGUGAAUUAAUUGUGCAGAGAUGAGACAUUCAUUUACUUUAGUUUUGAUUUUUUUAUUUUAGACACCACUUCAAGGUUGAGUGUGUUUAAGUAGGAAAAAAAUAUAUUUUACCUUUUUGGUACAGGUGCUGUUUGGUCCAUUUUGGCCAUAAAUGUAAGUGGAGGCGGGCCUUACUAGAGACCACUUUACAUAUCUCAAUAUGUUUCCUCCUGAUAUUUUUUUUCUAUUUUUAAUGUAAAUGUUUGAACUCGUCACUGAUUUUACUUGUUUGCUGGUAGGGAUGGACACUACUGAAAUAGGCCGGUGCAGUAGGAACAGUUGUGAGCGGUUUGCUUGAUGCAACUCUGUCUCUGUGAAGUGUACAAAUAAACAAAAUAUUCUUAAAACCUUC